AUGAUUUUGGCUCAUAAAAUCUAUUUUCUAUUGUUAAGGCUUUUACAUUUUUAUCUAUCUAUCUAUCUAUCUAUCUAUCUAUCUAUCUAUCUAUCUAUCUCAGUCUCUCUAUCUAUCUAUCACAGUGUGUUCAUUUCUUUCUAUCUAUCUAUCUAUCUAUCUAUCUAUCUAUCCCAGUCUCUCUCUAUAUAUAUCUAUCUCAGUCUCUCUAUCUAUCGAUCUAUCUCAGACUAUUCUAAUCUACAAAUCGAUAUAAUCCAUAAACUGCCCCUAUGUUCCGGUGAGAGACAUUAUCUAUCUAUCUAUCUAUCUAUCUAUCUAUCUAUCUAUCUAUCUAUCUCACUUAUUCUCAUAUCUCUCCGGUUUGGUUCAUAUCUAUCUAUCUAUCAUCUUGUUCAUCUCUAUCUUAGUGCAUUCCUAUCAUCUAUCUAUCUAUCUAUCUAUCUAUCUAUCUAUCUAUCUAUCUAUCUAUCUAUCUAUCGUUCUGUUUAUCUCUAUCUCGGUGUAUUCAUAUCUAUCUAUCUAUCUAUCUAUCUAUCUAUCUAUCUAUCUAAUAUUCUGUUCAUCUCUAUCUCAGUCUUUUUAUAUCUUUUAUAUCCAUCUAUCUAUCUAUCUAUCUAUCUAUCUAUCUAUCAUGUUCAUAUCUAUAUUGUUCUAUUCAAAACUAAUCAGUCAAUCUUUCUAUCUAUCUAUCUAUCUAUCUAUCUAUCUAUCUAUCUGUCUGUUUGUCUCCGCCUGAAGUACACGCGUAAACGCAUCUGUUUCUAUCUAUCUAUAUAUCUAUCUAUCUAUCUAUCUAUCCGUCUGUCUGUCUGUCUGUCUGUAUGUCUUAAUAUCUAUCUCAAUCUUUACAUAUCAAUCUGUACAUGUCUAUCUAUCUAUCUAUCUAUCUAUCUAUCUAUCUAUCUAUCUAUCUGCCUGUCUCUGUACAUAUCUAUCUAUCUAUCUAUCUAUCUAUCUAUCUAUCUAUCUAUCUAUCUAUGUUCUUUAUUAUUUAUCUGUAUGCCCUCAUUCUCCAAUAGUUUUAUUCCUGUUAUUGGUAAGCCAUGA